AUGAGUCUCAGAAAUGCUGCGUAUCAUCUGGGUGUUCGAGAAGUGAUAAUUGGUAAUCUUAUGCUGGAGGGAAAAAAGAACGAAGAGAGGCUGAAUGUGAUUGAAUUGAAUGGAUAUAUUAGUGAUGGAUGGAAUGAUACGAUUGCAUUGAUUGCAAAGAAGAGUUUCUUUGAGAAUGGUGUUUCAAUCGUACGUGAAUUGCAUGUUUACGGCUCCAUGGUUCCAGUGUAUUCAAGAGAUCCAUCGAAAUUCCAGCAUCAAGGUUAUGGGCAAUUGUUGAUGCAAGAAGCUGAACGUAUAGCCAGAAACGAACAUCAUUCUUACAAGAUUGCUGUUAUCUCUGGUGUUGGUACUCGUAACUAUUACAGGGAUUAUUAUUCGGGUUUAACUUUUGUUGAAAGUUUCUCUGCAACAGAAUUGCAUGUGUGA